CUCUCUCUCUCUCUCUCUCUCUCGCUUUCGGAAUAACUUGCUUCUAAUUUCUAAAUGGUGUUGGUGGUUGACGAAUUUGCUUCGCUUAAUUUGUUUCGUGAAAACAAUUUUUUUUUUUUUCGUUUUCUGAAAACGCUUUCUUUCUCUUUUUUUGUUUGUUUGGUUUGAAUAUUUUUAGUUGUAUGUGUAUGUAUAUAUAUAUAUAUAUAUAUAUUUUUUUUUUUUUCGUUUUGUUAUUAGUAUAAUUUGGUUUAGACCUCCGACUUGCUAUCUGCAUUGUUGCCUUUCGUCGUUCUCUUUCCCUCUCGAGAAUCGUUAUUAUUAUUUUUUGUUUAUAUAAUUUAUUUUUCUCCUUCUGUCUGGUGGCUGAACUGUAAAAGAAAUGCUUUACCUUUUUGUUUAGUGAAGUGGUCUUUUUUUUUUUUUUUGUUUUUGUUUUUGUUUCCUCCAGGUGUUGACGGCUUAAUCAAUCUCCAAAAGUUUUUCAUUAUAAUAUAGGUACCUUGACAUUUGGAAGCUCAUAAGCAGAAAUGCCGACAGAUCCAAGAGUUACAGCGGCCUUUCGUGCUAUGAAGGUUCUUGGAAUUAAGGAAGUAAAGGUGAAACCAGUGUUAAAAAAGCUUUUAAAAUUGUAUGAAAGGAAUUGGGAACUAAUUGAAGCAGAAAAUUAUAGAGUUCUAGCAGAUGCCAUCUUUGAUGAGGAGGAUAGCAAGGUGGAGGAGCAAAAGAAGAGAUGCAAUAAUGCAGAUCAGGAGGAAGAAAAUCUUGUACAUCAUCAACCUGAACGGCCUUUGAAAAGAUUACGCUUAAGGCAUCAAGAAGUUCAGGUUUCACCUACGCACAAUACUAGCAACACAAUGUUGGGUGAUGUAGCUGGUAUUGUGUUAAAAAGACCUAAGCUAGAGGAAGAUGAACUACCUGAGACUAGUGCCCAACAGCAAUCACAGAAAAUGACAGAGAUGCUGGAGUUCAGAGCUGAACCAUAUCCAAUUUCACCUCAACAUGCUACUAGAAACAAGGGCAAGCAGCUCGUUCUGUCUAAACCUUUGGCACCAGGGGAAAGAUCUGACCCAGUCUCUCCAGUUGCUGUUCAAGGAAAAAGAUAUGUUUCUGAGAGAGUGUCUAAUGCCUUGUGCUUAAAAGAGCCAAUGACUCAUCCAGUUGCUGUUGUUUUGCCUAAACCAAAGGUUUUUGAUUGUCAUGGACUCAUCAUACCUAAAGAUGAGCCAUUCACCGAUGACAUGUUUGAUGGUGACAUGCCUCAUUAUGGGGUUCCUAUUGCAAUGAUUCAUCCAGAUCCACUGAGUAAGGGAGAAUUGCCUGUUGAAAAGGAUGAAAUUGGAAAAAAAGUUGGUGAGGAUACUUCAUCCCAGUACAUAGAAACAGAAAGUAGGGCUAACGGUCCUGUAGCUUUAUCUAGUGAGAGGAGAACAAACGGUGAGUUUGCACCGAGCCUACAGGAAUCUUCUUCUGAAUUAGCGGUUUCCACCUUAGGAGAGGUAAAACUUUCUCUGAGUUGCAAUUCGGCUGUUGGAAGGCCUGAUUUCCACAUGCCUAAUCUAGAUGAUGUUAUCAAAUUGACAGAGGAAAAAUGUCUGCAUUCAUAUAAAAUCAUUGACCCAAAUUUUUCUGUCCCAAAAUUGUUGAGACAUAUGUGCGAAAGCUUCCUAGAAUUGGGAACUGACUCCACUGAUAAAUCACAGGAUGGAUCAACAAAUGUUAUACCAACUUUGAGUGGCCUGGAUGAUCAUGUGCAAGGCAGUAAGAGAACUAGUUUUGAUGAUUGUGUUGUGAGUGACCAAGAAAAGAAGUCUGAGGACCCUGAAUGUACAAAAAUGUGUGGUUUGGUAGUUGUUCCGCAGUGUGAACCAGUUCCUGAUGAUUCAAGAUCAUUUAAUGAUAUCAAUGAUGUAACAAGAGGUGAAGAAAGGGUCAGAAUUUCAUGGGUAAAUGAACUGAACAGUGAGUUUCCAGACCCUUUUCGCUAUAUACCCCAUAGCCUUGUUUUCAAAAAUGCCAAUCUGAGCUUCUCUCUUUCCAAAAUUGGGGAUGAGAAUUGUUGUGCAACUUGUAAUGGUGACUGCAUAUCUGGAUCUGUACCUUGCUGUUGUACUCGUAUGACAGGCAGUGAGUUUGUGUACUCAUCUGCAGGCAUUCUUAAGGAGUCAUUUUUGGAUGAAUGUAUCUCUAUGACUCGCCACCCUCCUUGCCUCAUUUAUUGUAAAGAAUGCCCGUUGGAGAGGGUGAAGAAUGAUGAUUGUUUGGAACCAUGCAAAGGCCACUUGAAGCGGAAGUUUAUUAAAGAAUGUUGGAGCAAAUGUGGCUGCAGUAAACAAUGUGGCAACCGAGUGGUGCAACGGGGCAUAACUUGCAAUUUGCAGGUAUAUUUCACUUCUGAGGAAAAAGGAUGGGGUCUAAGAACUCUAGAGGACCUGCCAAAAGGUACAUUUGUUUGUGAAUAUGUUGGAGAGAUAUUAACAAGCAUGGAGCUGUAUGAGAGGACCGUGAAAACAGCCAAAAGCAGGAAGUGUUCUUAUCCGGUGAUACUUGAUGCUGAUUGGAGUUCUAAAGGAUCUUUAAUGAAUGGAGAAGCUCUUUGUUUGGAUGCAUCACAUUAUGGAAAUGUUGCUAGAUUUAUUAAUCAUAGAUGUUUGGAUGCAAACUUGAUUGAGAUCCCAGUUGAAGUGGAGAUUCCUGAUCAUCAUUACUACCAUCUUGCUUUUUUCACAACUAGAAAGGUGAAAGCCAUGGAAGAGCUAACUUGGGAUUAUGGUAUUGACUUUAAUGACAUUGAUCAGCCUAUUAAGCCAUUCCAGUGCCAAUGUGGCAGUAGAUUUUGCAGGAAUAUGAAACGUUCAAAUAGAUCUAGAUACAUGCUGCGUUCUAGUUGAAUAUAUUUUGUCAUGGACUUACCUCAAGUGAAGAUAUAGCAGCGAAAGUAGAUAACACAUUAUUUUUUACCGUCUGGCUGAUUAAUAGAGUGCUGGCUCUCAUGGUAGUAGGCCAAUCUUUAAAGUUGUUAAUAGCUAAGUUAAUCUUUUGAGACGAUUAUUGACAGGGUUUUGUAGACUUACAGAAUAUCAUGCUUUUUGAAGACUACAUAACCCUAUCUAAUGAUCCUGUACAUUUUGAAGUGAAGGCAUUGUAAAUAUCUGCUGAUGUUAGAACAUAGGGACUACAGAUCUGUCUGGCUUCUGUUUUGGAAGGGGGGAAAUGUUUAAUCUGAUUUAUUCAAUGUAUUUUGCAUGGUCUGUGAGGCCAGAAAACAAUGAGUAGCAAUUCCAGAAUUUGUUUAUGAUUUGAUUA